CAAAAAAAUUAUAUAAAUAACAAAGAUACAACACAUAUCAUAAUUGUUACAUAUAAUAUCUUCUCGCUACCCGAAACAAGAACAGACUGUUUGACGAAAAAUCGACACCACAAACGGGGCAAGAAAGAAAGAAAGAAAGAAAAAGGAAGCAGAAGAAGUUGGAAUUGGAAACUAUAAGCUUAAAAGGAAUUCACGUGAAGCUCAUGCUCCCCAAGAAACUCAAAUAUCUUUCUCCUUUCUUUUUAAAAACUUCAGUCAGACAUUCAUUCAAACACCACAUGCUCAACAUUUACUCCGAAUCUUUUUCAAAUCCUUGUGCUUACUCUGAGUCUACAACCUGAAAACCUCAAACUUAAAAACAAUUUCUUCCCCUCUUUUUAUCUGCGGGAAUUCUGCCCAGAUUGCGGCAAAUUUAGAGAUAAACUUCAAAACCCAUCAUCACCAUCAUAUGUAUAUAUAUAUAUAUAUAUAUAUAUAUAUAUAUAAAUACAGACAGAGACAGUGAUUAGUAGUGUAACGUUUCUGGAGCUUAGCGUGUCAGAGUCUCUUUCUCAGAAAAUGGGCAUCUUUUCCUCACCUCUUUCUCGCAACAAAACAAAUUACAGAAACUUGAUAACCCCAUUUUCGUUUUAAUCGUCCAAGACACUUAGCGGUUUCAAAGUAGUCCAUUUUCUUUAAGCUCCCGAGAGGAACCCAGAAGAGAAAGAAAAAAGUGUAUCUAAAAUGCUGUCUAGAAUGAACGGUGUCGUUUGGAUGGAAAAUAGAGAGGACGAGAACGACAACAACAACAACAAUGGAGUAGCUCAGAACAAGGACGAGAUGGGUUCUCUUUCUUCGUUCAAAUCCAUGCUCGAGAUUGAAGACGAUUGGUAUGUUAAUGGCAAUGGUAAUGGAAUCCAAAACCAUUCGGACGUGAGGGACAUUUCCUUCUCACAGAGCCUCGCCGACCCAGAAAGCUUGUUGCUUCAGCAAGUGGAUUCGUCCUCAUCUUGCUCACCAUCUUCGUCUCUGUUCAACAAUCUCGAUCCAUCUCAGGUACAAUUCUUUUUGCCUCCAAAAUCUACCUUGUCUUCGCUCCUCAAUGGCAUCUCUAACAACCCUUUGGACCAUGGCUUCGAUUUGAGUGGUUGUGAAAUUGGGUUUAUUGGAAACCAAGUUCCCAAUGCUUCGAAUGUGUUGAGCAGGGGAGCUAUGGUUUUAAAUGGGUUUACUGAUUUGAGCUCAAAUAACCAGUUGAACACUCAUAAUUUGUGCUCGGAUCCUCAAAUUUCCACAACGGUUGUGCCGCAGUUGGCAGAAAAAGGUGCCUGUUUUUCGAGUUUUCGGGGUUUUGAUGAUUCUGGAAAUACUCAGUUUCUGAAUAGGUCUAAGCUAUUGAGACCACUUGAAUCCUUCCCUUCAAUGGGGGCAGAGCCAAAUUUGUUUCAGAAAAGAGCGGCUCUUAGGAAAAAUUUGGCUGAAAAUGGGGGUGAGAAUUUGGGUGUUCCGGGUUCAGAAACUGGCAUUGUUUCAAAUGGAAUUGAAGGUGGUGAUAGAGGAAAGAGAGAAAUGGUUGGUGUAGAGGAUGAGAAUAAGAAGAGGAAAAUGAGUGGUGGGGAUGAUUUGGAAGAUGGUGGUAGCAUUGAUGCGUCAGGUUUGAAUUAUGAUUCUGAUGAGUUUACAGAGAAUACUACUAAGCUGGAGGAGAAUGGCAAUAGUGGUGGGAACAGCUCCAAUGCAAAGAGUACUGUUACUGGUGGAGACCAGAAGGGCAAGAAGAAAGGGUUGCCUGCGAAGAAUUUGAUGGCUGAAAGGCGCCGCCGGAAGAAGCUCAAUGAUAGGCUUUACAUGCUGAGGUCCGUUGUUCCUAAAAUUAGCAAGAUGGAUAGGGCUUCAAUCCUUGGGGAUGCAAUUGAGUACUUGAAGGAACUUUUGCAAAGGAUAAAUGACCUUCACAACGAACUGGAGUCAACACCUCCUGGGUCUUCAUUGACACCUAGCAACAGCUUCCACCCUUUGACACCAACUACUCCGACCCUUCGUAACUGUAUCAAGGAAGAACUUUGUCCCAGCUCAUUGCCUAGCCCAAAUGGCCAACCCGCAAGGGUUGAGGUUAGAGUACGAGAAGGAAGAACCAUAAAUAUCCAUAUGUUUUGUAGCCGACGACCUGGUCUGUUACUUUCCACCAUGAUGGCUUUGGAUAACCUUGGUUUGGACAUUCACCAAGCCGUCAUUAGCUGUUUCAAUGGUUUUUCUAUGGAUAUCUUUCGUGCUGAGCAAUGCAAGGAAAGCCAGGAUGUCCACCCUGAGCAUAUCAAAUCUGUACUUUUGGAUUCAGCUGGGUUUCAUGGCAUGAUUUAGGUUGCAGCAAAAACAUCUAUCUGAAGUUGACUCAGCAAUGGAGAAGAUCAUGUAACUUUUUUAUUUUUAUUUUUUUAAUUUGAAAUAGGAAUCUGCAACCUAAAUAUGUUUUUUGUUCCUUUUUGGCUCAACUCUGCUACCAUAAAAUUUUUAAGUUUCAGCCUUCUAUGAAAUUUGUAGGUUCAAUUUGCAA